AUGGCACCAUCUCCGCGUAAAGCGCUCUCAAGCCUUGUCGGGCUAGCCGUCGCUGUUCAGGGCGCGGUGACGGGACGGAGUUAUACACCGGAAUGCGGCGGGCUUCAACGGCUCAUUAGGGUGCAACAUAAUCUCACCGCCAACGAGAGGGUCUUUCGCGCCUCCGCCCCGUACUACACCUCCAAGGACUCGGACCAGCACGUGACUCGAACCACGAUGGAUUGUCUCCGUGCGCGGGGCAUCACGCUCGUUAUUUCUCUCAACAGCAAGGCCAGCGACGAGUAUCUCAGAAACACCCUGACCCAGCAGGGGCUGGUCUAUCUGCCACUACCUGUCGAGGACUUCGGCGCCCCCACGCUGGACCAACUGGCUUUGGCGUGGGCUCUUUUUGUGAAGCAUCGCAAUGGCACGCUCGUGUGGUGCGGCUACGGACAUGGCAGGACGGGCACGUUGAUCACUUUCCUACAAAUGUCUGUCCAAGACGAGCUGGGGCAGAAACCUCGGUGGGGCGCUAAGGACUACAAAAGAAACAGCGUCGAGAUGACCGUUCAGAAUGCCUUGCUGGAUGAGGUGCAGUUUCGCCUGCGGCGUGGGCUGCGAAACAAUAUCAACGCUUCGAUACCGUCCACGUCUACUGCGUUGGUCGAGCUGCGCGUGAAAAAUGGAGAUUUCGACGGCAUUGACUGUCCUCAAGUCCUCCACGAUGCCUGGACGCAGAGCAGCAAGUCUAGCAGAAAGUAUAAGAGAACGCUUCCCGGAGAGGAGUGUAAGCGAGCCCGGGAAAUGUUGUUGCGCCACGAGUGUGGAGUUGAUGACUUCAGUCGUCCCGCUGCCACGCUCUAUUCGCCUGGGAAGAGCCUCGUCCUGUCGAGAAACGGCCAGGGCAACCUAGUUGUGAGGUCAUGGAACCGUGAUAGGUGGUCGGAGGGCUGGUCCAACUACGGAGGCUCACUUGCGGGCGACCCGGCCGUCAUGCUUAUCAGCAACGGCGACUUGCGUAUCUACGCACGCAGCGCUGACAACCACCUUUUGGCAUCGGGCAUAUAUAAUGGCAAAUGGAUCGACUGGGGGGACCUGGGUGGCGACAUUGCAGGCUCCCCUUCGGCUAUCUGGCUGGGCGCCGCGGGCAUCCGGGUUUACGCACGAGGUAGAGAAGGCCAGCUGCUUGAGAGGCGUUACCAGGGCAACCAAUGGCACGAGUGGAAAAAUCUAGGCGGCUACAUUUUUGGAGACCCUUCGGCUGUCUGGUUGGGCGCGGGCGCGGGCAUCCGGGUUUACGCAAGAAAUGGACAAGGCCAGCUGAUUGAGAAGAGUUACCAGGGCAAAGACUGGCACGACUGGAAAAAUCUAGGCGGCCAAAUUAGCAGCUCGCCGGCGGCCAUCUCCAGCAACGCUGAAAACAUCCGCGUCUACGCUCGCAACCAUGCCGACGAACUCGUCGAGCUGUCGUAUGAGAAGCGUCGCUGGCUGAAAAAUUGGCGAAAUCUUGGAGGGGAAAUAACGGGCUCGCCCGGCGCCGUGCUCUUGGGCGAUGGCGUACGCGUUUAUGCUCGCAGCGCAACUGGCAAUCUCCUCGAGAGGGGCUAUUGGCACAAUAAAUGGCAGGAUUGGAAAAACCUGGGUCGGAACGACUGUGACGGACAGAAGUCGGAGUUGAGGGAGGAGUUGUGA